AUUUUGCGCCACAACGUAACAUACAGGAUACAGGUUUUCGAUAAUUCGGUUGAAAAGCACAACCAUGUUUGUUAGCUCGAGUUUCCAAUCAUACUAUAUAUAUGUAGUUUCAGAUGCGUACAAAAGGCGCGAAUGCAGAGUAACGAAACGGAAGUUUUUUCAGCGGUUUCGGAUUAUCUCAGAGUUGUUAUGCGACUCGAUUUUACUGUUUUUUAAACUGUAUUUUAUAUUAUUCGAUGUUGACACGAAUAUACAUAAAUGUAGCACGGCAGUAGGAGUGUAGCAUGAUAUGCAUUGAAAUAUUUGAAAAACUGACACUAUAACGAACAGUUAUAGAAGUAUUUUCACAGGAAAUUUAGGACGAUUUACUUAUUACUAUUUGUUCAGCUGAGGCAACAUGUCUGUUGACACUAUGCAAGGAGAUUCUUUGUACACUCCACGUAGAGUUCAAAAAUGUCUAUUUGGAUCAGUUGGAAGUUCAACUGAAAAGAGUGCACGAAAGAUUCAAAAGGAUUCAAUUUUAGAUAAUGCCUUAUCUGGAGAUGAGUCAGAUUUAGGACCCAUGUCACCUUUAGCGCUUACUGAUCCAAGUAGUUGUAACAGUUCACCAAGAAAUGUGCUUCUUUCUCCAUGUACAACACCUAAACAUCAAUCAUUUAAAAUGUAUUUAACUCGGAGUCAAUUAUCACCAAGCAUAUGCAACAGGAGCAAAUAUCAUAGCACAUUAAACAAAUUUAAGAGAGAUAUCAAUAGUUCUCCUCAACAAAAAAUACUACCAGACUCACCAAAAUCUUUAUCAAAUUCGCCAUUUAAGGGUUUCAGUCUUUCAACAGAAACAAAGUCAAGAAUAAAUCCAUUGAUAAAUGAAACAAUACCAGAAACACCUAAAAGACAUUUUGGGAAAGAAUUACAGAAUAGUAUUGUAGAAACUCCACCUAAACGCGAAUGUCUAGAACAAAAGUUAAUAACACCAUUGACUUCAGAGAAUAAAAUGAUUCCAUUGCCAAAAUUACAUAGACGGAAGUCUCUCAGCAUGUUGGAUACAACUAAAAAUUCUUCACCCGAAAGAAGAAAAAGUGCAUUAAAAAGACAUGCAUUAGAAGAAUUAGAACAUACCACAAAGUUAAUAAAGACUGAUGACACUUGUUCUGUGCCUAAAGCUAGAGCAGCUUUGUUUCAAGAUAAAAGUUAUAAAACUAAAUUAGAAGAUCUAUCUUUAAGUACCAAGAGUUUUUACAGCAACUCCAAUGUAAAUUUUAAAAAGAAUUACAUGGUUAUCGAUGAACCACCAGAACAGAAACAGCAAAGGAAAAGUUUUUCUGGACAUGUACAUUGUAGUAAAAAAUCUAUUAGAAGAUACACAAUAGGAGGGAUCAAUGGUGGAGUAUCACAUAGAAUUAAAAAACCAAAACCAAAAUCUAAAUUAGGCACUACAAAAAAUAAAUUGAUUGAUGAUGCACGAAAUACAGUGAAAAUAGAAGACACAAGUACACAUAGUACAAUAUUGAGGGAAAGGUCUCCAACACCAGAAUUUGACCUUUGUAAGCGUUUUUUCAAGAUGAAAAGAUCAGACAAGAAAAAUAAUUCAGCUGUUCAAUUAAACAAUGGAUCAAAAGAUAAAAUAACAUUAAAUCAAGAGAACAUACAAUCUGUUAGACAAACAAAUAAACGAGCAAAAUUAACAGACAUUUCAUUUGAUACUACUGAUUUGACAGUGGAUGAACCAGAAUUUGAAGCUAUGAUGGAAGGAAACAAUGUUGCUAAUAUAUUAGAAAUAUUAGAAAAUGAUUGGGCUGAUGAUGAAUAUGAUACAAUGGAAAUACUAACUAAUCAAAAAUUGACUCGCAUUACACCGUUAAAACCGGUAGAAAUUCUAAAAGAUGUUACUAUGUCGCCAGCGAGUGAACUUAGUAAUAUGACGUCCAUUAUGAAUAUUGGUACACCAAUAACGUAUGAAAAUAUUUCUGUAGACAAUAAUGAGAACAAUGUUAAACAGAAUGAACAGAACUAUUACCCCUUGUUUAAUAAAGGGUACUCUGCUAACAAAGAAUUUCAUGAAAUUGGUAAAAAAUCGACACCUAAUAGGUCAGGAAAUGUAAAUUGGCAAUUAUCUACUAAACAAAAUGGUGGUGACAAUCAGUAUCUAUUAGAUGCAGGACAAAAAAAUUUUGGAGCUACCCAAUGUACUGAAUGUGGUGUUGUAUACCAGACAGGGGAUCCUGAUGAUGAAAACGCUCAUCUAAAUUACCACAAUAAUAGAAGAACUCUAAAAUUUCCUGGUUGGAAAACGGAACGUGUAAUUAUGGAAGAUUCUUUAACAUCGAGUCGAAUAAUCUUAGUAGAGUCGAGCGAUCCAAAACAAUGUUGGAAUAAGAUAACAGAUGUUCUAACAUAUGUGGACAAUGAUUUGGGAUUAACUGACACGAAACUAACCAAUUAUGAGCAUAAAAAGGUGUACUUGUACAUAAGGGACAAAGUCAUCUUGGGAGUCUUAGUUGCAGAACCCAUAGUCACCGCUCAUCGUAUGAUCCCUGAAUUGUUGGAAUUAGAUUGUUGCACAGCAGAAAGUACACCUGCUAAAUGUGGUAUAAAUAUUAUAUGGACUGACAUGAAACAUCGUAGACAAGGAAUAGCAUCUAAAUUAGUCGAUACAUUAAGACGUCAAUUUUAUUAUGGUUAUAUAAUGUCUUUAGAAGAUAUUGCAUUCUCAACUCCAACUCCAAGUGGAAAAAUAUUUGCUGAGAAAUAUACCAAGACUCGGAAUUUUAAAGUUUAUAAUUAAAAUUUGGUAUCAAUUUUAUACAUCUUCUUAAAUAAAAGAAAAGAAUCAAAAUUAAUACCAAUUGUGCCAUUUAUUUGUUAUUAGUUUUGUUUUUGCGUACAAAUAUUUCUUAUAAUGGUACAUUUGCAAAUUUAUUUAUUUGGUUUUUUUUUUCACAUAAUUCUUCGUUCGGAAAACAAUCUUGUUAAAUUUACGUUAAAAAAAUGAUUAAUCGCUUUUAUUAACAUUGUAACAGUUGUUUUUGAACGAAGUAUAAAAAUGUUUUCUUUUUUGCCCCUUUGAGGGCAGAACACCAGAUCUGAAUACUCUUUGUUGUUACCCUGUGUUACUUAAAUUAUUACAUAUUUUGUAGAUGCUAUUGUUUUAGUAUAUUUCAAAUUGUAUGACAUGUGAGGGAUGGCAAUUAAACACAUACGAAGUUUGUUUAUCUA